CGAUUUGACGCACGCCCCCGAAGCGGCCGGAAGCUGCGCUGAGGCCGCGCUAAGCAGGAAAGUGCGGCCUAAACAGAAUCCGGAGUAAUCCUACAAAGGCCUUGGGCUCUGAGUGUAAACGCCCCGACGCCAGAGCAGCCCCAAGGGAGAGCUCCAUCCUGAGCCUGAUAUUGCACGGAAGUACAGGAGUAAAGGACGCUCUUUCUAGUGCAGUGGUUCCUUUGAGUUCUGGACGUCAGCUCCCAGAAUCCUCAGCCAUCCUGGCUAACAGACGGGAAUCCUGGGAGUUGUAGUGAAAAGACCAAAGUUAGGUCUAAUAUAGCUAUAGUAUAUCUGCUGGAUAUCCCAGUGGCGGGGAGUUCCCCGUUCCGCUUCCAAGCUGGAACCGCACGCCCGUCCCGGCGCCUUCGCCCUGGGCGUCCCUCCGCACGUGCGCACCGUCGUCCUGAUGCACGGCCAGGGCCUGCCGCCUGGAUCGGGGACCGCGAUGACCGAGUUGCCCGUGAGCCAGCCAAAAAGAGGAAGAGGGGUGUCCUGGACCUACGCAGAGACGGCGGACCUUAUCGCCCUAUGGGGCCAACCGAUCGUGCUGGAAAAGCUGAAGCAGUUCCACCGCAACAUAGAGACCUACAACGAGGUGGCGGAAGCCAUGCGGGCCAAGGGCCACCAGCGCACGGCGGAGGAGUGCCGCAGGAAGUGCAAAACCCUCAAGGGGGACUACCAGAAGGCGAGGGAGCAGUACCAAUCGCGCGCGGGACGGGGCGCUCCCACCAUGCCCUUUUUCAAGGAGCUCCACGCCUUCCUUUCUCCCGAUUCCAGACCCAGCACAGUGGACACCGGCUACGAAAUCACCCGGGUCCUAGUUGGCCAGGAAGUCAAAAAUGAAGGCGGGGAGGACUCCCUCGAGGCCGGAGGAUCCCAGGAGAUUUUGGAGACCGCUCCAGGUGAACAGGAAGACCUCCCGGACUCGGAUGAGACGUCCGCCAGUCAGAGAGCUUUGGACACCUCCUCCAUGCCAUCAUUCCAUUGUGGAGAGCGGACCUCCGCAUCCUCCAGGUCCAUUAACCACCGGGACCGCUCACCUCUCCAGCAGGCCGCCACGGCAGCCAGCGAUGACAGCCAGGACGAAGAGAGGCCAGACCAAGAAGGACCAAGCCAUAUAGCCAGACAGCACCCGGUGGCCCACCUGACUGAGUUCCAAAGAAGGAGGGUGCGUGGGCCAGCAGCAAUGGCGGCUGCUAGUGCCAUUGAUCGCCUCAUGGAACAAAACUCAGAAAACAUGAGGAAACUCCUUGCACAUCUGGAGCGGGAGGGGGAGCGCCACAGGAUGGUGGUUGAGAGAUCCCUCCAGCAGCAGGAACGCCUCAGUGCCACCCUGGAGGCCCAGACUGCUCUGCUGGCCACCCUUGUGGAAGUCAUGAGGCCAGUCCAGGGUGACAGAGAGGGGGCUGUAGGCCAGGGGACAGGGAGAAGGGACACUCCUGAAGACGAGGAGGAGGAGGAGGACACUAUGGAGGUGUACACCCAGGAUUCCCCCCUUGAGGAAUCUGCCAGCCUCCUGAGUGCACUGGCUGAGGAAGAGCCCCCUUCCCACCCCCAAGUGAGAAGGCCAGUUUCCCGACAGGGGAGGACAGCUAGAAGAGGCAGACGACCCAGUACCCAUCCCCAGUGACAUGGCUGUCACACCCAGAGCCACCACCAGCGUCCUUGCCAGCACCUUCCCCCGCCACACACUAGCCUAUCCCUGACUACCCUCACCAUACCUGCCUCCCUGGCCUCCUUUGCUACUAUGACCCACUGCCCAUGCGUAUAUACAAAGAGGAUGUCAUUUUAAGAAAAAUAAAAACA